AUGACUACCAGGAGAUCAGAGGAGAAUCUUAUAUCUUCAGAUUAUAAAGCAGAUGAUGAUAUCACACAAGAUACAUAUGAAGAACAUUCCAUUAUCCCAGAUACACCCUCAGCCCUUCACAGCCAAGAUCUGUCAUCUCAUCCUUAUAUACAGGUCCUGUCUUCUCAGUCAUCACAGGAUGUUCAGCAAAAUAAAAGUCACAGAAGGGGUGUUGGACAUAAACAAGCUCAUUCAGGAAAUAAACCAUUUUCAUGUUCAGAAUGUGGGAAAUGUUUUACUUCUAAAUCAAGUCUUGUUAAACAUAAACAAACUCACACAGGGGAGAAACUAUAUUCAUGUUCAGAAUGUGGGAAAUGUUUUACUCGGAAAUCAACUUUUGUUAAUCAUCAAAGAACUCACACAGGGGAGAAGCCAUUUUCAUGUGCAGAAUGUGGGAAAUGUUUUACUGAGAAAUCAAGUCUUGUUAAGCAUAAAAGAACUCACACAGGAGAGAAGCCAUUUUCAUGUUCAAAAUGUGGGAAAUGUUUUACUGAGAAAUCAAGUCUUUUUAAACAUAAAAGAACUCACACAGGGGAGAAGCCGUUUUCAUGUUCAGAAUGUGGGAAAGGGUGUGUUCAAAAAUCAGAUCUUGUUAAACAUCAAAGAACUCACACAGGAGAGAAGCCAUUUUCAUGUUCAAAAUGUGGGAAAUGUUUUACUCAGCAUUCACAUCUUGUUCAACAUCAAAGAACUCACACAGGAAAGAAACCAUAUUCAUGCUCAGAAUGUGGGAAAUCUUUUACUCAGAAAUUAGAUCUUGUUAGACAUAAAAGAACUCACACAGGGGAGAAUCCAUUUUCAUGUGCAGAAUGUGGGAAAUGUUUUACUCGGAAAUCACAUCUUGUUGUACAUCAGAGAACUCAUACAGGAGAGAAGCCAUUUUCAUGUUCAGAAUGUGGGAAAUGUUUUGCUCAGAAAUUAGAUCUUGUUAGACAUAAAAGAACUCACACAGGGGAGAAGCCAUUUUCAUGUGCAGAAUGUGGGAAAUGUUUUACUGAUAAAUCAAGUCUUGUUCAACAUCAAAGAAAUCACACAGGGGAGAAGCCAUUUUCAUGCUCAGAAUGUGGGAAAUGUUUUACUCGGAAAUCACAUAUUGUUGUACAUCAAAGAACUCACACAGGAGAGAAGCCAUUUUCAUGUUCAGAAUGUGGGAAAUGUUUUGCUCAGAAACCAGAUCUUAUUAAACAUCAAAGAACUCACACAGGAGAGAAGCCAUUUUCAUGUUCAGAAUGUGGGAAAUGUUUUGCUCAGAAAGCAAAUAUUGUUAAACAUCAAAGAACUCACACAGGAGAGAAGCCAAUUCAGAGCAAAAAGAAGCCAUUUUCAUGUUCAGAAUGUGGGAAAUCUUUUACUUCUAAAUCACAUCUAGUUGAACAUCAGAGAACUCACACAGGGGAGAAGCCAUUUGCAUGUGCAGAAUGUGGAAAAUAUUUCACUCAGAAAUCAUAUCUUGUUGAACAUCAAAGAACUCACACAGGGGAGAAGCCAUUUUCAUGUCCAGAAUGUGGGAAAUGUUUUCCUUUUAAAUCAGGUCUUGUUGUACAUCAAAGAACUCACACGGGAGAGAAGCCAUUUUCAUGUCCAGAAUGUGGGAAAUGUUUUACUAAUCAAUCAAGUCUUAUUCAACAUCAAAGAACUCACACAGGAGAGAAGCCAUUUUCAUGUCCAGAAUGUGGGAAAUGUUUUGCUCAGAAAUCAGAUCUUUUUAAACAUCAAAGAACUCACACAGGGGAGAAGCCAUUUUCAUGUGCAGAAUGUGCGAAAUGUUUUACUGAUAAAUCAACUCUUAUUCAUCAUGAAAGAACACACAUAGGGGAGAAGCCAUUUUCAUGUGCAGAAUGUGGGAAAUGUUUUACUUUGAAAUCAAAUCUUGUUCAACAUCAAAGAACUCACACAGGAGAGAAGCCAUUUUCAUGUGCAGAAUGUGGGAAAUGUUAUUCUGGGAAAUCACAUCUUGUUAAACAUAAAAGAACUCACACAUCUAUAUAUUAACCAUGUACAUAGGAUAGUUGACACUAAUACAUACUCAUAUAUUUAUACAAUAUAUGCUUCAUCUCCAAACUUGUUAUCAAUUUUUAAGAAGUUUUCUUUCUUAUAUGAUUUAUUAUUCUUAUAUUCAUCUCCGCACACUGGACUUAUAAUAAAUGUAAUAUUGUCCCUGACGUUGUAUAUAGGGAAUGUAACGUGUCAGUGUUGUCCCCGCCCCCUUCUCAUUAUGAUUAUAGAGACUUUAAUUCAAGGCAUCAGACAGGAUCCGCGCGUCUCCCUUGAAGAUCGUCUCUUCUGAACAUAAGACGCUGCAGAUACUUUUAUUUAUCACAAACCCUAGACCAG